AUGAACCAUCGCCGAAGCGAAGGCGCUCGGGGUCGCAAGACUCGGGCGCUCACAGUGGUGUCGGUUCUCCUUUUGACACCACUUCGCAACGAGGUACCAGUACUUCUGUCGGCACGUCGCAAAAAAGAGCGGGACCGCAGUGUGUUGCGUCUCGCUCCCGGAAAAGAAGGCAUGUAUGCCUCCAAAAUCCGUCAUGGAUCACUUGUCGGCGACGACGAGUGA